GAGUGGAGCCUUAGUGGACCAAAUCUUGAACAGAGAAAAUUAAAAAUAAGGGAAUGGGUCAGGCUGCAGGUCAGCCAAGACGGUCAAUAUUUUCCAAAUCUGACCUCUUCCUUCCUUUCAGUUUCGGCUGUGCUUCCCCACUAUAAAUAACACCAAAUUGGACCUUCUAUUUUCAUCUCAAACUCUUCUCUCCUCCUACAACAACAACAACAACAACAACAACAACAGAGGCACCAAAGAGAAAAACUCAGAUCCUCUUUCAUUUCAAUACUCUUAACUUCACAACCAAAGAGAUCCAAGAAAACCCAACAAGUUAAAUGGCUUCCUUGCAAACUUCAACCCUCAUUUUCUCUUCUUCUUUUUCUUCUUCAUGCUGUUCUUCUUCAAGGAGAUCAAAUAUCAACGCUGCUAUCCAUGUCCCCAAGCUCCCAGGAGUCCGCUUCACAGUCCCAAAAACAGCAACAAAGCUGGUGCUUGAGGGACUUCAAUUGAGGGAACCAAAACAUAUCCUUGAUAAUGAUUCAUACAAUAACCGUUCUGCCAUUCCAGAAACUCCUACAGCUGCUACAACUCAGCUCUAUGCAAUCUUAGAAGACGUAGCAGACAGAGUUGAGAUGCACAACAACAUUCGCGAGCAGCGCGACAACUGGAGCACGCUUCUUCUCAACUCCAUCAACAUGAUCACUCUCUCAGCUACACUCAUGGCUGGAAUUGCAGGCACUGCAGCCGGUGCUGGAGUGUCCGUUUUGGCCUUGAACAUCUCCUCCACUCUUUUGUUCUCUGCAGCCUCCGGAAUGCUGCUUGUGAUGAACAAGAUCCAGCCUUCGCAGCUCGCUGAGGAACAGCGCAACGCCACAAGAUUGUUCAAGCAGCUCCAGAGCCAAAUCCAAACCAUGCUUGCCCUUCAUGAUCCUACUGAACAAUAUGUGAAGGACACUAUGGAGAAGGUCUUGGCACUCGACAAAGCUUACCCACUUCCUUUGCUUGGAGCCAUGCUUGAAAAGUUCCCUAAAAAAUUUGAGCCAGCUGUUUGGUGGCCUAAAAAUAUUCAAUCUCAAAAGCCAAGCAAACCCAACUCCCAGAUGGGAAAGAUUAAUGGGUGGAGUGCUGAACUUGAAGAGGAAAUGAGGGAAAUUAUUGAAGUGGUGAAGACGAAAGACAUAGAAGACUAUGAGAGACUGGGGAGCUUGGUGUUGAAGAUCAACAAGAUUUUGGCAAUCUCAGGCCCUUUGCUAACUGGGGUUGCAGCCAUUGGCUCUGCUUUUGUGGGCCAUGGGUCAGCUAGUGCCAUAGUGGCAGUGGCUGCAGGGUCAUUGGCUAGCGCAGUUAAUGCAUUUCAGCAUGGUGGGCAAAUUGGGAUGGUGUUUGAGAUGUAUAGGAACUGCGCUGGCUUCUUCAACAAAUUGGAGGAUACAAUUCAAGCCACACUUGAAGAACAAGAUUUGGAGAAAAGAGAAAAUGGGGAGUUGUUUGAAAUGAAGGUUGCUAUGCAACUGGGAAGAAGUUCGGAUCAGCUUAGAGAACUUGCAUCAAAAUCAGCUUCAUCUCGUCUCGAGGGAACAUCCAUAGAUGAAUUUGGUUGCAAGCUUUUCUAAGUAGUUCAUCAAAUGUUGUACAAACAGAAACAGGAAAAUUCAUUAUUUGGUUCUUUUUAGAAUUUAAUGAUCGAUUCUUUAUACAAUCAUGCAACAUAGAAGAAUUAAUGUUAACACAAAUUUUUUACACUACAAUAUUCGCAGAAGAAUGCGUUUGAUUAUUUUUGUUUCUGCAUCAUUUGCUGUCAUGCAUGACAUAGAAACAUUUAGUCUUUUGUUUUUCAUCUA